CAUCAUCGGACUUUUAUUGUUUCAGGAGAAGACGCUUUGCUUUAAUAUCAGUGUUUCUGUCCCCUGGAUUAAAGCUUAUUGUUUCUUCUUCAGUCAGAUACUGAAAGAGACGGUUUGAGGAGCUCACGUGUCACCAUGAGCCGAGCCAGGACCUCGUCCACCUAUCAGUUGCUUUUCUUGUUGACCGUCAUCUCAAUUGAUCUUCCAUGUUGUGCAGCGGGAGGCUCUCCGCUGACGCUCAACAACACACUCAGCAACAACACUAAAUGUGGAGGUCAAAGCGGCUGCGUUAAAGGCGUUAUCCUGCCACUAUGGGAGCCAGAAAACCCGGCCUUCACCGACCGCGUUGCCAGAGCCACUAUUUACUUUGUGGGGUUGGCGUACAUGUUCUUGGGUGUCUCCAUCAUCGCUGACCGCUUCAUGGCGUCCAUCGAAGUCAUCACCUCCCAGGAGAGACAGAUCACCAUCAAGAAACCCAACGGGGAGAAGAUCACCACUACGGUGCGCGUCUGGAACGAAACUGUGUCCAACCUGACCCUGAUGGCGCUGGGUUCUUCCGCACCAGAAAUCCUCCUGUCGGUCGUCGAGGUUUGCGGUCACGACUUUAACGCCGGUGAGCUGGGUCCAAACACCAUCGUAGGAAGUGCCGCCUUCAACAUGUUUGUCAUCAUCGGCCUGUGUGUAUCAGUCAUUCCUGACGGAGAAACCAGAAAGGUGAAGCACCUUAGGGUGUUCUUCGUCACCGCCACGUGGAGCGUCUUUGCAUACAUCUGGCUUUACCUGAUCCUGGCCGUCUUUUCUCCUGGGGUCGUUGAGAUAUGGGAGGGGCUGGUCACACUCUUCUUCUUCCCCAUUUGUGUUGGAUUCGCUUACGUGGCCGACCGCAGACUCCUUUUCUACAAAUACAUGUACAAGCGAUACAGAGCGGGGAAGCGGAAAGGAAUUAUCAUCGAAACAGAGGGAGAACCAGAGCUACCCUCGAAGAUAGACAUCGAAAUGGACGGGAAAAUGCUCAACUCCCACGAAGACGAGUCAGGGUACGAUUUUAAGGAGCUGGACGAGGAGGAGGCCCGCAGAGAAGUGGCGAGGAUCCUGAAGGAGAUGAAACAGAAACAUCCCGAGAAGGAGAUGGAGCAGUUGAUGGAGCUCGCCAAUUACCAAGUUUUAACCCAGCAACAGAAGAGUCGGGCUUUCUACCGCUGUCAGGCAACCAGGAUCAUGACAGGAGCAGGAAACAUCUUGAAGAAACACGCCGCCGACCAAGCCAAGAGAGCCAUCCAGCACGAUAUCUGCUCUGAGGUUUCAGUGAACAACUUUUCCACCAAGGUGUUGUUCGACCCUGGUACCUACCAGUGUCUGGAGAACUGCGGCAGUGUAGCACUGAACAUUGUGCGUCGUGGUGGAGAUCUAACGAGCACAGUCUCCGUGGAUUACGGGACUGAAGACGGCACCGCCAACUCUGGCUCAGAUUACCAGUUCACUGAAGGAACUGUUGUGUUCAAACCAGGCGAGACCGAGAAGGAAAUUCGCAUUGACAUAAUUGACGAUGAUAUCUUCGAGGAAGAUGAGCACUUCCUGGUUCAUCUCAGCAAUGUGAGGGUCUUAUCGGAGGGAGCCGGCUCAGGCGAGGCCAACCAUGUGGACUCCCUCGCAAGUUUAGGUCUGCCGUGCUCGGCCACCGUCACCAUCUUUGAUGACGACCACGCAGGAAUCUUUACGUUCGAGGAGACGGCGAUGACCGUGAGCGAGAGCAUCGGGGUGAUGGAGGUGAAGGUGAUCCGGACUGCGGGAGCUCGUGGUGUUGUGGUGGUUCCGUACAAAACCAUAGAGGGGACGGCUAAAGGAGGCGGCGAGGACUUCGAGGACACACAUGGAGUCCUGGAGUUUGAGAACGACGAGAUCUUCAAAACUAUUCAGAUCAAUUUAAUUGAUGAUGAAGAAUAUGAGAAAAACAAGAACUUCUUCCUGGAGAUGGGAGCGCCUCAGCUGCUGGAGAUGAGUGAGAGGAAAGCUGUGCUGCUGCAGGAAGUCGGUGGAUUCGUCAGAACAGGUGGAGACGUCUACAGGAAGGUCCAGGGACGAGAUCACCCCGCCCCCUCUGCCAUCAUCAACAUCAUAGAGGACGGGGGUGAGGAUGUUUUGACGAAGAAGGAGGAGGAGGAGAGGCGGAUUGCGGAGAUGGGCAGGCCGAUGCUGGGCGAGCACAUGAAACUGGAGGUGGUGAUCGAGGAGUCGUACGAGUUCAAGAGCACGGUGGAUAAACUCCUGAAGAAGACCAACCUGGCGCUGGUGAUCGGGACAAACAGCUGGAGGGAGCAGUUUGCGGAGGCCAUCACCGUCAGCUCUGGUGAUGAUGACGAUGAGUGCGGCGAGGAGAAGCUGCCCUCCUGCUUCGACUACGUCAUGCACUUCCUCACCGUCUUCUGGAAGGUCCUGUUUGCUCUGGUUCCUCCCACCGACUACCUGAACGGCUGGGCCUGCUUCGUCGUCUCCAUCUCCGUCAUCGGCAUGCUGACGGCCUUCAUCGGCGACCUGGCGUCGCAUUUCGGCUGCACCGUCGGCCUCAAGGACUCCGUCACCGCGGUGGUGUUCGUCGCUCUGGGAACAUCUGUACCAGACACCUUUGCCAGCAAGGUGUCGGCCAUCCAGGACCAAUACGCCGACGCCUCCAUCGGCAACGUGACAGGAAGUAACGCUGUCAACGUCUUCCUUGGUAUUGGCGUGGCCUGGUCCAUCGCUGCCAUCUACCACUACUCCAAGGGCGAGGAGUUCAGGGUCGACCCGGGGACGCUCGCCUUCUCCGUCACACUCUUCACCAUCUUUGCCUUCAUCUGCUUCGGCGUCCUCCUCUACCGCCGCCGGCCCGAGAUCGGCGGUGAGCUCGGAGGUCCCCGCGUCCCGAAGAUCCUCACCACCUGCCUGUUCUUCAGCCUGUGGUUAAUGUACAUUGUGUUCUCCUCGUUGGAGGCCUACUGCCACGUCAAAGGCUUCUAAAAGUUCUCAAAGUUUCUAACGGGUUCUUGAUGAACUGUUGUGAUAGAACCCAUUGGAACCCACUUUCUGUUAUUUGUCUAAAGGUUGUUACAGGUUCCUGAGCGUUCCUAAAGGUUCUAAAGUAGCAGGAGAUUAACUCCAAUUAGUUCUUCUAAAUGCAGAUAAAUAAACAUUCUGCUGGACUCUGUAAAUUUUGUUUAUGUUCUUUUAAGGUCUUAGAGGUUCAUAACAACUUUGAUUUAAUUUCAGACAGUCCUGAUGCAUUCCUGCAGGUUCCUUCAGGUUCUUGCCGGUGCCUUCAGGUUCUUGCAGGUUCCUUCAG